AUGAUGAGUCACCAACGUAGCCACCCUGGUGGCAUGAUGCUGCUGGUGUUCGUUACUGUGCUGCUAGUGUCCGUUUCCCCUAGUGUCGAUUCCGAGCACGAGUACUGCGAUAAGGUGUACCGAAUCAAUGGUAACUCGAUCGAUUUCCCGUGCGAAUCCACCAAAAAUAUCUACCUCUCGACGCAGCGCUACAUAGCUAGCCAUGUAAUGCCAGUGCGCUUCCAGUACGACAAGAACCGGGUAAUAACGGCAAUGCCCAGGCUGAAGCAUGGCAUUCCGGUUACUCUCGGCCAGAUCGAUCUGAACAAACCGUCUUGCUAUGCGCACAUCAAACCGUAUCCUUGCUGGGCGUAUCAGGAGGAAGGCAACUGUAACUCGAUGCAGUCCAUUAUCGACGUACACUGCGACAUAAGGCGUAUUCUGUGGUGUCUGGACAGUGGUAUUACCAACUUCCUGGAGCAACCGAUAAAGAGAUGUCCGCCGAAGAUCUACGCCUUCAAUUUGGCCAACGAUAAGACGGUAAAGACGAUCGAGUUGUCGGACAUUGUGAAAGCAUCCUCACGGCUGCAGUAUCUGGUGACGGAUUACAACGAGUUGGGACAUCCUUGCGUGAUCAUAUCAGAUGCUGACGGUGCGCUGCUGGUGCUGGACAUCCAUAACAAUAAACAGUACCGCGUGGUUCUGCCACGUGCCAUCUCAGCUGGCUGCGGUGAUUCCGAUGUGCUCUACCUGCUGCUCAUUUCGAAACCGAAAGGACAGAGCAUAGUGAUCUUCAGCUAUCUGUGUGGCCAGAAGGUGUACUCGAUCAAGGUGGAGCAUCUGCGUACCGGUAAAGGAUCGAGCGCAAUCGUUGAGCUGGGUACAAAGCGUAAGCACUCCGUGCUGCUCGGCACGGACGGUGGUUGUGGUGUGGUGCUUCGGUACCGCGGAGAGUCCGAGCUGUUCCUUUGGGAUAGCGAGCAGCCCUACCGGGAGUGCAACUUCGUACAGAUUCAGAACGCCGACGAGUGUCGCCUGUCGACGCACGUGGGCGUUGGUAAGGAUCAGCAUCUGCUUAGCCUCUCCUCAAGCGUGACCGAUUACCUGAACAGCACAACCGGUAUCGGAGGUCCCUCGACCAGGCUGAGGUACGUUUGUAAGGAGUGCGACGAUGACUGCUACUGAGGAGGGGCUGCGGUGGACAGGUUAAUUGAACGAAA